GCCUCAGCGCCCGCCCCUUCCCGUCUAGAGGCCGGGUGUAGGCGCCGUGCUUGGGCAGCCGUGGUCUUCGCUGCCGCCUCCGGGCGCUAUGGGGGCUCGGCUGGCCCUGGUGGUGCUGAUGGUGCUGGUGGCUCCCGACCAGAGCGCGGCCUCCCUCCAGGAGCGGCCGUCCGCAGUGCCUUUACCAACAGAAACUUCAGUCAUAUCCAGAAAUUUCAGAACUGUCUUGCACUGGCAGUACCCACCCAUGUCUGAAACUCCCCGUUUCGUAGUGGAGGUCAAACCUUACGACUUCGGCAAGUAUAGGACUGUCUCAACUUGUGUGAACAUCUCAGCUACUUCUUGCGACCUAUCGGAGGAAAUAGAGAAAAUUUUUUCUUCUUACUGGUUUCGUAUUAAAGCUAUUGUUGGAUCACAACAGUCUCAGUACGUUGAGACAGAUGAGUUUGUUUUGCAAAAGCAUGGAAAAAUUGGACCUCCAAAGCUGAAUCUCUCAAGGCAUGGUACUGAAGUCAUAGUCGAUAUUUACCCUCCUGAAUUUCCAUCUGUGGAGGUUCAGCCUUGGAUCAAAGAUGUUUAUUCACAGCUCUCAUACUUGGUGAUCUUUAGAAAUAGUGAAAAUGAGAGCAGUACAAAUUUCUCUGAAAUGGACUGUGAGAUGAUUGAAUGUAGGCUGCAGAUCCCAGUUCCUUCUAAAGGUUCUAAUUACUGUGUUUCGGCAAAGGGACAUUUUUAUGAUGGUCUGAUAGUUGGUGCCCCGUCAGAAGAAAUUUGCAUUUGGGUUCCUCCUGAGCAGUCUUGGAGUGCACAAAUUGCUAUAACUGUAUGUACAAUUAUAGUGGCUGUGGGACUAAUUUUGACAGUAGGUUGCGGCUGCAAGAAACUAAGGAAGAAAAACAUAAAGCUGCCUAAAUCUUUGGUCAGCGUGAUAAGAAACCUGAAUGCAGACAACAGCUUCGAAUCAAGGUCAGAAGCAAAAGACAUUUGUGCAGUAAGCAUCAUGCCAGUCCCAUCUGUGAAUGUCCCAUCAUCAAUGAAUGACGAUGAAGCCUUGCUGAAUGUGGAGUCGGAAGAAGAAGCUGUUACUCCUGAGAAUUUCAGUGAAGAAACAUCUUCUUGUCCUCCUCUGGAGGCAUCAGACAAAGUGGAAGAUGCCUCUGUGCAGGAAAGUACAGAAGUACCUUCUGAUGUUGAACAGAAUCAUAAAGGAAAAGAAAGUGAUUUCAUUUUUGAUAGUAGCCAAACAGAUGUAUGUAGUAACUCCUCAGGUCCGGUGGUUUCUGCCACGGAAGUUCAACAAGCAGUCAUUCCAAGCAGCUUUCCCAAGUUUUCUGGCUAUGACAAGCCUCAUGUGCCACUAGAUAUGUUGAUAGAUGUUGGUGAAGAACAGCCUGUGAUUGCAUACAGGUCAACUGAAUAACUGGGAUAGCUGGAAUGUUUAACCAGAGCUUGUAAACAGCAGCAUUACUGAAGAGAAUGAAGAGCCAGAGCUAUGUUUUGGAUGUCUACAGGUUGUGUUUGUACUGAUGGAAACAUCAUAGCCAGCAUCCAACUUAAUGCAAUGGAAUCUUGAAAUGGAACUGUGAGAAGUGCCUGAAAACUGUAUUAUAAACUUGGUGGAAAAAUUCCUGGUAAUCUGUUUCUUACAGAACAGUUUGCAUGUAGGACAUGGCCUACUGUUUCUUGCUUGAACAAAAUAACUGUGUUGUUUGAACAGUACUCCAUGAAGAGCAGAGCUUUUAUUGGGGAGUGUAAAAAAAGAGCUGCCGUGUCACCUCUUUCCUUUUGUUUCAAAUACUUUUCAAAGUUAAUGAACUAAAUGCUUAAUGAGUCCUUGGUUAUGACAGAGAUGUGCUAGAAAAAUUCACCUUUUUUUGGAAGGUAUUUUCUUCCUUAUAUUUGCAUUGUCUGAAGUGCUUGAAGGGUACUAGGAAAUCCUAGUAUUUCCUUUGAGUAAGAAUGUACCAGGAGCUUUUUCCUAUGUCGCUUAAGCAUUUGAUUCCUUGGCCAAGAACCAGUUGUUUAUGUUCUUUUCUGCAACUGCAGGUGUGUACCAGAGCCAUUACUUAGCACAGUUCAGUGAGUAAACAUUAAACCUAUUUUUUCUUUCUUUUUUCUUUUUUUAACUUCAAAGCACAAGUCUUGUGAAAUGAUAAGCUGUUCUUUAAAGUUUCUGUAUGGCUGCAUCCAGCUGCCUAUGUAUGUUGUGGAAAUAUUGCAUUUUUGGUAGCUCCCAUACAAGCAUACUAGCUGGUACUUAUGGGAGUGAUGGGAGGAAAAGAAAGAAGCGUGUAACAGGCACAUGCAGUUACACAGAUUCUUUGGGAAGAGGGGAGGUUUUUUUCCAAAUGUUU